GAAUACAGGCGGAGCAGAUAGAGGAUGGAGCAGAGGGACCGAGGAGCAGCCGCCUCAGAUCUCAUGCCCGAACCAUCACCUUCCGCGCGAGAGGAUUCGCCUUCACUCCACGCGCAGAGUUUGGAUUCCGCUCGCGUUCAUUCGCGUCCUCUCUUCGCCGCUGACAGCAGCCGCGCGUCGGUCCGCUUCUGCCGUCUGACUGUGAACACAGCGCCGGUUCUGGCUUUUAUGUCCCAGUGAAAUUCUACUGAAAAAACAAAACAAAACACAGUGUGAUACGUUUCACGCGAGGCUUCACACAUUCAGCUGGACUGCGAAGUCGCUCUUCCAAUCGAAAUGGAUGAAGACCAUCAUGUCCCAGAGGAUCUGUCCCUGGAGGAGAGGGAUGAGCUGUCCAGCAUCCGGCGGAGGAAGAGGGAGCUGCUUGAUGACAUCGAGAGGCUGAAAUUUGAGAUCGCAGAAGUCAUGACAGAGAUUGAACAGCUGACGUGUGUGGGGGAAAGCAAAACGUCCCAGAGGAACAAGCAGAUCGCCAUGGGCAGGAAGAAAUUCAACAUGGAUCCCAAAAAGGGAAUCCAGUUCCUGCUGGAGAACGACCUGCUCCAGAACACUCCGGAAGACAUCGCCCAGUUCCUCUACAAAGGCGAGGGCCUCAACAAGACCGUCAUCGGGGACUACUUGGGCGAGCGGGACGAUUUCAACAUCAAGGUGCUUCAGGCUUUCGUGGAGCUGCAUGAGUUCGCCGACCUGAACCUCGUCCAAGCGCUGCGGCAGUUCCUGUGGAGUUUCCGUCUGCCAGGUGAAGCCCAGAAGAUCGACCGCAUGAUGGAGGCGUUUGCCUCGCGCUACUGCCAGUGCAACCCCGGAGUCUUCCAGUCCACAGAUACCUGCUAUGUGUUGUCAUUCGCUAUCAUCAUGUUGAACACCAGUCUACACAAUCCAAACGUCAGAGACAAGCCGCCUGUCGAGCGUUUUAUCUCCAUGAACAGGGGAAUCAAUGAAGGAGGUGAUCUACCAGAGGAGCUUCUCAGGAAUCUUUACGACAGCAUCAAAAAUGAGCCCUUCAAAAUCCCAGAGGACGACGGGAACGACCUGACACACACAUUCUUCAACCCGGACAGAGAGGGCUGGCUCUUAAAGCUGGGCGGCAGAGUCAAAACGUGGAAGAGAAGAUGGUUCAUCCUAACCGACAACUGCCUCUACUACUUUGAAUACACAACAGAUAAAGAGCCUCGCGGGAUUAUUCCCCUUGAAAACCUCAGCAUUAGAGAGGUGGACGAGCCCAGGAAACCAAACUGCUUUGAGCUCUACAAUCCCAGCCACAAAGGUCAGGUCAUCAAGGCCUGCAAGACGGAGGCCGACGGGCGGGUGGUGGAGGGCAACCACGUGGUGUACAGGAUAUCGGCCCCGACCCCAGAGGAGAAGGAGGAGUGGAUCAAGUCCAUCAAGGCGAGCAUCAGCAGGGAUCCUUUCUACGACAUGCUGGCCACCAGGAAGAGGAGGAUAGCCAAUAAGAAAUGAUGACUGUAUAUCUGGGACUGAGAGUCAUUGUGUGUCUGUAGGUGUGUGUGUGGGGGGGGGGAGUGGGUGUGUGUGUGUGUGUGUGUGUUUCUACGGAAGUUGUGAAGGUCUCCCAUUCAGUGUUUUCAGGGCUGAGGGACAAGCCCAGACGCAAGGGAUUCUGGGUCAUUUCUGGCCCUGGACAGUUUGCAUCUCAAGUCUUCUGCUAAAGCGAGGAAGAGGACAGGAAGUGCGAAUGAACUCUUCACCAAGCUGAGUUACAGUGAAGAACAGCAGAAGAAGAGACGGCUUUGACUGUAAUAAGGGAGCUUUUACUCUGCAAUGCUUGGGAGAGACUGCCCUCUGCUGGGUUUCCUAUGGAAUUGAACAUACUUCACCUUAUGCGGUGCCUUGCAAAAGUUUCCCUAGAACUUUUUCACAUUUUUGUUACUAGAUUUUAUCUGGAUUUUAUGUGACAGACCAACACAAAGUAGUGCAAAAUGGUCAUAAUACAAGGUUUUCAUUAUUUUUACUGAUGAUCUGAAAAACGAAGCAUGCAAUUGAAUUUAGCCUAAGUCUAAGUGUGCUCUACCAGCUUUGCACUGGUCUGACAUUGUUGCCCAUUCUUUUUCUAUAAAACAGUUGAAGCGUAGUCAGAUUGAAUAGAGAGCGUUUCAGAACAUCAGCCUUAAAAAAUGACAGCAUAUUAGGGCCAUUAAAGAAAAAUAAAGAGUAAGUUUCUUACUUGCAAUGUUUUAAUCAAAGAUUUUCUAGAAAAAACAGGAAAAUUUCUGAGUUUGAAAAGUUACAAAUUUCUUGACUUUUGCAACUUGAAAAUUUCAGAUUUUUGAAAUUCAGGAAUUUCUAGAUUUUUCUAGAAAAAUCUAGAAAUUCUUAAGACUUAAUUCACUUAAUUUAAGACUAAAUUCACUUAACCCAAUUUUUUGGUCAAUUUUUGCAAAAAAUUUGCAAUACACUCACGACAAUCAUGCAUUAACGCAAAAAAAAAGUGUGUAUCUGUUGAUUUUGAGUGAACAUCUGCUAUUGUGAAAUUGAAAAAAAAACAAAACAAAAAAAAACUGGAAGGACAACUUCACUCUAGUCUUGUGGGUUUCCUUACACUUUCUUGCAGGUGGUAUAACCUCACUCAUCCUUUCUGUCCUGACUGUCGAAAAUCACUACCGUGGCAUGAUACUGCCACCACCAUGUUACACAACUUGAAUGGGUUUUUUACAAGAUUCAAUUGAUGAGACUAAACUCAAAUGAAUUGCACAUGUUUUAAAUUGUACAAAUCAUGAACUACUUUGUGUUGGUCUAUCUCAGUAAAGAAGACAAAAGAAAAAUUGUAAGGAAGUUCUAGAGGCUUGAAUAUAUAUCUAUAUAUAUAUAUAGAUAUAUAUAUUUGCAAGACACUGAAUAAAACAGAAAAUUCCAAAUCUGUCACCAUCUCCUGCAGCCUUCCUGUCAUCCGGUACCUGCAGGAUUCCUGUUGCCAGUCCUCACAUCCACCUCGUCUCACUGCCAACAGGUGACAAUGUUUUAUACUGAACUCCCAAACGCCUCAAGCUCAUCAGUCAGCUGGUCUGGUUGGUGGCCUUCAAAUGACUGUAUUAUGCAAUCCUUCUGAUUCACUCUGUAAAUUUACUCACCUGUAAAUUAUAGUACACCCAGGUAAGUUCAUAUGUGACGGCACAGAAACGGAAACACGGCUGUGUGGAGUUUAUUAAAGUGGCUGCAGCUUUUAAAAGUUCUAAUUCAGGUUCCUGGAAGGACUCUGUGUUCUAACGAUUCGUCUUUCUCACUAGUUUCAAAUCUUUUGUAUUUAUUUUCUCGCCCUUUCAGUUAGUGUGUAUAGAAUACAAUGUACAGCUGUUUCUUUUUAGUGCUUCUGUAGUAUCGGUCAUGUCAUUCAACUCUUCAGUCCGCCAGGCUACAGUAGAAGAAGAGGGAGUCUUUGCUGCCUCCUACUGGAGAAACGAAGACUCCGCACUCUUAAUGAUGGGAAAUAAAUAAAUGGUGCUGGAUUAAAGAAACGAAAUUCACCGUUUCAGCGGUUCAUUACAUUGAUUGAGUCUGCUGGAGCAGUUGCGUUUGUCACGGUUGUGUGUUGCUUUGGGGAAAUCGCCCUCAGAUGCUUUGAUGUACAAUCUGAAUAAAAAUAAAGUGACAUUCUUCCUACAGGUGACAGGUUCUGCCUUCAUGUGCAUUCAGUGAGAGAAUCCUGAUGCUGAAUAUUUCCCAAUAAAAAUGAUAAACGUA